AUGUGGAGCUACAAUCUAGAGCGCAACGAUUUCUCGGGAUACGAUGCACUUGAUGGGACGGUGUCUGCGGACGCUGCCACGUUGUGGUUGCUGGAAGUAGGUAGGAUCUGGACUUUUUUGGAUCACCCUCCUUCGCUCGUUUCACUGGGUAGCACACCACGUGCGUACAGCACAUUCACACGUGUGGCAAUUCUUUCUCAAAGUCAAGUGUGUUGUUGUAUCUCACAAGCGCUACCUUUUUCAUGGAAAGGAGAAAAGACUCUGCUGCACAUUGAUCCCUCUCGUGUUACUCUUAUUAUUUACAUUAGCCGGACACUGCGUCUCGGUGUCCUGCUCCCCUCACUCGGACCCAAAACGACCUUUGCCGUCAUGGAGAGUCUGCUGGAACGCAUCGAGGAGAACCGUCUCGAUGCGUUGUACUUGUUCAUUAACGAAUCCUUGCGUGAUCGUGUGAACUUUGAUCGAUUCUUCUUGUCUCUAGUUAGCUUGCUGCCACUGAACUGGAGCAUUCAACGUGUAGAAAUAGGACACGAAUUCCUCAGUAUGGUGGAAGAUCAACUCACGUUGUUCACCAAGAUUGCCGAAAUGGAAAGCAUUCGAACCUUGAUUGUUUCCGACGGCUACGUGCCGCGGAAAGACCACGGAACCAUCCAUACCGCGUCCUUGCUGGAGGCUUUACCACGGGCACGCAACCUGACCAUUCUGGAUGUUCAGCGAUUGGAAUUGGCGGAUGCGGAUCAAGUACAGGACCUGGCGGAUGUUUUUGAAACUAUGCAGGAAAGCUUGGAAGAAGUUCGCAUCACCGGUCUGCAUUUGAGGACGGCUGUGUCUCUCGAUCCUGUCUUGACCGCAUGGAUUGACAUGAGCAACUUACGAGCGCUGGCGUUAUCGACGCAUCCCGAAACAAAGGUGACGGAUAGUAAUUCCAUGAUGAGCCAAAAUGCUUUAAAGGCGCUUUUACAGGAUUCGACUACACUACAAGAUUUGACGCUCCGUUCCAUGCACUUGAACGAUGAUCAGUGUCAGACAAUUGCCGGUGCACUCAACACGAAUAGCUUCUUGACAAGUCUAGAUAUUCGACAAAAUCCCAACAUUGGCGAAGACGGCUACAAUUCUAUUCUGGAAGCGCUAGAGCACAAUCAUGGGCUGUGGUGUUCAGUCAUGGUAGAUUCUCACCGCUUCCAGGGGCUGUUCAACUUACUUAUUGAACUCAACCAAGCUGGUCGCGGAGACUUGUUGCGAUCCCCAUCCCUGGCCAAACUCGGCACCUUUAUGGGCGAACUGCACGACCCGACGGCGCUCUGGUUCUUUUUGCGCAUCCAUGACACAAUCCGGGAUCCACUCGUUGCUUUUUUGCAGUGGAAGUCGCAUAUCGUUCGGUCCAAGCAGGGCGGGAAUACCGAGGAUGAGACGACCAUUCAGCAGUGGCCCGCAAAACGCGCUCGAACAGAAGCUUCGUAGCGGGUGCUAUGCGCUGUAACCAUCCCCAGUUGACAACUC